AUGACGAUGAAGACAGAUACAAUGGAGAAGGAGCCACCGAUGGAGGCAUUCAAGCUCCUACCGAACAACACAAAUCCGAACUGGAUCAAAGACAGGGGGCUCCGUAAAUUGAACAUGGGUAUUGUGUUCAUGUUCUGCACUUCUUCUUCGGCUGGGUAUAUUGGAAAUCUUGUGAACAGUUUGCUUGUGCUGCCUGAGUUUGGCACCAUCAUUGGCGGGCUGAAUCCCAAUAUAGUUGGUUUGAUAAUUGCUGCCACUUCUCUAGGGGCGUUGGUCUCGUUCGCACCAGCCUCUUAUAUCGCCGAUAGGUUCGGACGCAAGAUAUGUGUCUUCAUUGGUUCCAGCAUUAUUAUCGUGGGAGCGAUCACCCAAACCGCAGUAAAAAGUCACUGGGCCUUUUUCGGCACGAGAAUCCUGUCAGGUAUCGGGAUGGGAAUCACCCAGACUGCAGCUCCUCUCCUGGCAACUGAGAUCGCACACCCUCGACAGCGACAGACGGCCACCGCCCUCUACAAUGCAUCCUGGAAUUUGGGCGCCAUUAGCUCGGCAGCGGUUACGUAUGCAGCCAUAGGCAUAGCAAACAGCUGGUCGUGGAGAGUUCCUUGUUUGCUACAAAUAGCGUAUCCGUCGUUCCAGAUCCUAGGGCUGAUCAUGUUUGUGCCCGAAAGCCCGAGAUGGCUUGUAUCCAAGGGCAGAAAAUAUGAAGCCCUGGCUAUUCUGGGGAAGUACCAUGCGAAUGGAGAUACAGACGACGAGCUGGUCCAGUAUGAGUACCGUUUGAUAUGCAGCACAAUCACAGCCGAGAUUACCGAUACCAGGAAUUGGAGCACUUUCUUCUCGUCAAGAGGCAAUAUGCACCGAUUGACCAUCUGUGUAUUAGUCGGACUCAUGCAGGAAUGGGCUGGAAAUGGCCUCCUAUCCUACUACCUCGCGCCGAUUCUCAAAUCAGUGGGAAUUACCAAGGCAGCUGACCAAGCAGCUGUGAACGUUAGCCUCAAUGGCUGGAACUUCCUCCUUGCGGCAGCCGGUGCACUUGCAUCGGAACGAUACGGUCGCCGCAUUCUAUGGCUUGUUUCCACGGGGGCCAUGAUCAUCUUCCUGUCCAUGUCCACACUGGCCGCUGGUUUAUUCGCCGAAAGACAUCUUCCUGCUGCUGGAAUAGCUGUGGUUCCACUCCUAUUUCUCUUUUUUGGAGCAUACGACAUCGCUUAUGCGCCUUUGUUCAUCUCGUAUCCAGCUGAAAUCCUACCCUUCCAACUGCGUGCCAAGGGCAUUGCUGUCACCCUUUCAGUGGAUGCUGUGGCGUGUUUUUUUAACCAAUAUGUCAACCCAGUGGCGUUUACUGCGAUUGCAUGGAAGUAUUAUUGUGUCUUUCUUGGUUGUCUGGUAGUGUUCUUGGGUCUCAUAUACUUCCUCUUCCCCGAGACGAAAGGGCGAUCUUUGGAAGAGGUUGCUAUGAUUUUUGACAAGGACGAGUUGGAGAUUGACAGUAAAAAGACAGACAAGAUAGACCUUGAACAAAUAUAA